GGAGAUCAACUCCCAACGCCGUCUUAAUUCCUGUCCAUUUACCAUCACCUCUAUCAUCCGCCUGUGUUGAUUCUGAAAGCGACACUUUUCUAUUUACAGUCAAAAAAUACAGAAGAAUAAUGCCGAUCGCACCCGGCGCAGCAGCUUUCGGCCUCGGCCUCGGGGUCACCACCGGCGUCCUCCUCGGAAUCGUCAUCUACCACGAGCGGGAGAAUAUCGUCAACAAGCUGAACUGGGCGCUAAACGAGGUCAAGAUGCGAGCCGAAGUCUCGCUCGAGCAGCGCAGGAUCAAUCGCAUGCUGGCCGCAUCAUCUGACGAUCAGGAACUGGCGGAUUUCUACGACCAGGCAGAGGACGUGAUGAGGCCGAGCGCGAUGUACUCUGAUAUCGACGAGUACGCCGCGCUUGCUGGUAGGCCUGCAUUUCGAGACACUGGUGCUGAGGCCGAGCCUGUCACGUCGGCGAGAGAUGCGUUGCACGCUGGGUUCAGACGUCGCCGUGCCAAUGCGGGAUCUGAUUCCGGGAGUGAGCACGUAUUAGCUCAAGAAAAUGCCUUUCUCUCCAGCGAUGAUGGCGUCGAGACCACCGACACCGAAUCAUGGGCCACAGAAUCCACAGCCACCGACACGGAAUCAACCCCGACCGCGGUCGGCGACGGCAGUGCCGCGUCUGAAUUCGAGUUCAUCAGCGACGACGCUGCUAGCCACCGCUCCUAUGCCGACUACGACAGCGGUUCACUCGCCGGUGACGACUCGGACGAGAGUGAUUACGAGCACGCACGAAAUCGCUGGCUGAACGGGGAGUCUCGUCAAAUGACAAACUAGCCUGGGUGAUUUUACAUUUCUUUCCGUUUUGCUAUCGAUUUGCUUUUCAUCUUCCUUGUGUUUAGAGUUUACUACGUUUUGCAUAUCCAGAGGAACGAUCCAUCUAAAGGUCAACGGAAUGCUCACCCGCGGGACGGAAACCGGCGUUUAAAGAUAUGGGGUAGGCGCUCGGGUAUUAGUUAAUGGGACUUACUCUUAUAAAAUGGUUAUUGUACGCGAUCAAGUGUGUCUCAUUGUACGCGAUCAAGUUUGUCUUGGGCGACUUGGUGCUGCUUGGUGUGUGAACGGCUCGUACUGGAAUGAUAAAGACGACGCCUCUGUGGGUAUGCUAUGCUGGAGGCUUGAAGCAGGUGAUGAUUCACAACACAACGCUUCCUCAUCAUUAAAGUAGGACAACUCGUCGCUGCCUCAAAAUGCAAUCCAAAAUCAAU